AUGGUCUUUCCAAUCCGUCGAUUACCUGUACUUCGACCGCUCCCGCGGAUCCUGUCAACCACUCCUACACCUGGCGCAACAUUCUCUCUUGUUCGGAUGUACUCUUCGCGAUCACUCCAUGUUGCUCCUUCGCCUGAGGAGGAAGAUGCAAUCUUCGAGGCUGAGGUUCAAGAGGUAAAAGGAUGGUGGAAGACUCCGCGCUUCGCUGGGAUUAAAAGGCCAUACACCGCAGUGGACAUUGUCAGCAAGCGUGGAAUGUUGAAACAAGAGUACCCAAGUAGCACUACAGCUAAGAAGCUAUUUGGGUUACUGAAGGAGCGAGCAGCCGCCGGAGAACCUGUGCAUACCAUGGGUGCUAUCGACCCGGUGCAAAUGACACAGCAAGCUCCUCACCAGGAGGUUCUUUACGUGAGUGGUUGGGCAUGCUCAAGUGUGCUAACAAGUACAAAUGAAGUUUCUCCGGAUUUGGGGGAUUAUCCGUAUAACACUGUACCAAACCAGGUGCAGAGGUUGUUCAAAGCGCAGCAAUUACAUGACCGAAGACAUUGGGAUGCUAGAAGGUCCUUAACUCCAGAGCAGAGGAAGAAGACGCCAUGGAUUGAUUACUUGAGACCUAUCAUCGCAGAUGGGGAUACUGGUCAUGGUGGUCUUUCAGCUGUGAUGAAGCUCGCCAAGCUUUUUGCUGAGAAUGGAGCGGCUGCAAUUCAUUUGGAGGAUCAACUUCAUGGUGGAAAGAAGUGUGGACAUCUAUCCGGCAAAGUACUAGUCCCAAUGAGCGAACAUAUCAACCGCCUUAUCGCGGCACGUUUCCAGUGGGACCUUAUGGGCAGCGAGAACCUCUUGAUCGCCCGAACAGAUUCCGAAACUGGAAAACUAAUUAGUAGUACUGUGGAUAUCCGGGACCAUGAAUUCAUUCUUGGUGUGACUGAAGAUGUAAAGCCACUAAGUGAAAUUCUAUACGCACUUGAACAAGGCGGUGCAAGCGGAGAGGAAAUAAACAAGGUUGAGGCCGAAUGGGUUGCAAAACGCAAAAUGGUUACAUUCGACGAGGCCGUUAUUGAAGCUCUCAAGAAAGCAUCUGCGCCUGAGAGUCAGGUCCACCAGUACCUGAAUGGUUCCUCUGAACGCUCUCUCUCGGAUUCUAGAAUUCUUGCAAAGGAGAUUCUCGGCCGUGAGAUCUUCUUUAGUUGGGACAUCCCCCGCACUCGUGAGGGCUACUACCAUUACCGUGCCGGUAUUCAAGCUGCGACCAAGCGCUCACUUGCCUUCGCGCCAUACGCCGAUCUUCUCUGGCUUGAGACGAAAAGGCCGUCUGUCGAAGAAGCUGCUGGAUUUGCUAGAGCAGUUAGGGCGAAAGGGGGGCCAGGCGAAGGGAAAUGGAUGGUUUAUAAUCUCUCACCGAGUUUUAACUGGUUGAAUGAAGGGUUCUCUGAGGCUCAGCUGAAGAGCUUUGUAUGGGAUUUGGCAAAAGAAGGGUUUGUUCUGCAGUUGAUCAGUUUAGCGGGAUUGCAUUCGGGAGCUACUAUCACAUGCGAACUUGCAACGAGAUUCAAGAAAGAUGGGAUGCUGGCAUAUGUCGAUUUGAUCCAGAGGAGGGAGAAGGAAUUGGGAUGUGAUGUUUUGACGCACCAGAAAUGGAGUGGAGCAAACUAUAUGGAUGGAAUUCUACAGAGCAUAACAAGUAGCUCUGCUACCAGUUCAGUAGGAGGUGAUAGCACUGAGCACGGCUUCUAA